AACAUCCCAACCCGGAAGUAGCGGAUAAAACCUGGGGCACUUGAAUGCAGCAUAUGGUGAUCAUGAAGCCUGAGGGGUUUUCAUAAGAGCUGAACGUGAUCCAGGUCUCUGCUGAAGCUUUGGGAUACAGUGUGCAACUAAAAGAGAGAUUACUGGAAAGUAGAAAUGGUUAUGUUUCGAGAUGAAGAGUGUGAUGACGCGGUGCAGUGAGCAGAAAAGUGGCAUUCCGGCAGCUGCGAUGCUUUUCUUGUUUUGCAGGGUGAUCACAUGUUUGAAAUGAACUGUUUCUGCUAUGGCGAGAGGUCUGUUUCCACGGGCCUGGAUCACCAAGUCUUACCUCUUUCACGUUCGGCUGUCGUAUGUGCGGGUGAAGUACCUGUUCCUCACCUGGCUGGCGGUGUUUGUGGGGAGCUGGGUGGUGUACGUUCAGUACUCGUCUUACACAGAGCUGUGCCGAGCGCACGAAUGCUACACCACCAUCUGUGAUAAAUACAGAGCGGGAGUGAUCGACGGCUCGGCCUGCAGCAGUCUGUGUGACAAAGACUCGCUGUAUUUCAGGAGGUGUCUCUCCAGCAAACCCAACAAUCAGGUGUACACAGCGAGCUGGGGCGACGUGGACGCCGUGAUCAAGUGCCAGCUGGGCGACGUGCUGCACUAUGAGCUGGGAGAAGAGCUGGAGCCGAGGAAGGAGCCGGUGCUUUUCGACAAACCCACCAGAGGAACGUCGGUGGAGAAGUUCAAAGAGAUGGUGUACAGUCACGUGAAGGCGAAGGUUGGCGAGCAGGCUGACCUCACCACGCUGGUCUCACUGGUGCUGUCGUUUGCGGAUGCUGAUAAUGACAGGCGUGUGUCUCUCCCGGAGGCCCGAUCAGCGUGGGCUCUCCUGCAGCUGGACGAGGUUUUACUCAGCGUGGUUCUGCAGGGACGCAGUCACACUCCCAAGCUGCUGGGUUUCUGUGGCGACCUGUACGUGGUGGAGCGAGUCGCGUACACGCCGCUGUACGGCCUCAAUCUGUCACCGGCGCUCGAACCCUGGAUCACGGCUGUGGUCGGUCGCGGCCUGGAUCACUUCUUUGCUCCGUCGUGGCCUCGCAAGGCGAAGAUCUCAAUCGGGUUGCUGGAGCUGGUGGAGGACGUUUUCCACGGGAUGUUCGGCUCGUUCCUGCUGUGCGACAUGAAGCCGGGAAGCUUCGGAUACACCGAGCACCACGAGCUGCGGCUUUUAGACGGGAGACACGUCGUGCCAGAGGAGGCCUUCAGACGCGUCAUGCGAGUUCGCCCGUGCCAAGAAGACUCAGACUGCGUGUACAGUGGCGACUGCAGGGCGUCGUGUCGCCGAGCCGAGCGGCGCUGCAGCCCCGAGCCGAGCCGGACCAACCUGGCGCGAGCCUGCAGCGCGCUGGAGGACUUCCUGCUGCAGGGGGCGCCGACGAGCCUGCGGCCCGAGCUGGAGCGGCAGCUGAACGCCUGCAUGGAGCUCACAGGCUCCGGCGAGCAGAUGCAGAUAGAGCACUCGCUCAUCCUCAACAACCUGAAGAUGCUGCUCUGGAAGCAGAUCUCACACACCAUCGACUCGUAACACCACACACACUGUGAGCUCGCCGUGGUACUGCUGUGUGUGUUUUGGUUUUUUAGCGUCCCACAUGCUGACUUAAUGAUUUAGUGUCACUCUUUGAACUCUCCUACUACCUGUUAUUCACUGACACAGAGUCGUUUGUAAUAUUGUUAUAUUUAAAAUCUUUUUUUUUUUAUUUAUAAUAAUCAUUCGACUUUAAUUCACCGUACAAGUGAUCUUGCUUUUAUAUAUUCCAUUCAACAUUUCAGUAUUCACUGUUAUUCCAGGCUGGAAAUUAACUCCACCCCUAAUCAGACCAGAUCUGCUCAGCUCCUCUCACUUCCCUUAAAAAGCAACUCGGAGAGGCUGCGAGGAAGUGGAGACGCGUCAGUGACUCCAACAAAAGAGCUGAAAAUGACAAAAUGGCGACUAAACAGUGAAAGAGCGCCUCCUAGGUGUGGUGUGCGCUAAAUCUUACUUCUUUUAUAGGGUGCCAUUACUUUUGUCCUCAUUGAACGGCUGGCUUUAUUUGUCACAGCGUAAUCUGCAUAUAAAAUCGCAGUGACUCCUCACCAGUUUCAUAGGAUAGGACUUUUUUUCCGAACUAACCUCAUGCUAAUGGUUUACGAAGAAAUUAUUUCGUAGGCAGUUUGAGAAACGAGGCCCAAUCAACGUAUUCAAAUAAUUAAUUAUUAAUGAUUAAAAUUUUAAAUGAACCAGAUCAUAUUCUGCCCACAGGACAGCUUCAGCACAUUUAUAUCAUAAACCUGGAUUAAAGUGGAAGCGAUGAUCGUGGUCUGACAGUUGGCAUAAGUAUUGGCACCCACCUAACAGGAGGAGAGUUGAAAUAGUGGCAGUAUCUCAUCUAACAUCAGCUCUGUGUGUGUGUGCGUGUGUGUGUGUGUGUUUAACACAUUUGUGCCAUACGUGAGUGAUCACUGAUCAUUCUGUUUUGUUUUUUUUUUUAAACUUUGUUCAAUUUUAUGAAGGGAAAACUGAAACGUUUUGCAUCCAUUAAUUAAAGAUGUGAAGUAAAAAUGCUGAAGGAUGCACUAACAAUGAAGUAGAGGUGUGUACGGGACCGGCUUUAAAUUCCCCAAUGCCGCUGUUACAAUUUUUGUUUUUAUGGAUUCUCAAAAUGUUAACACAUUCGCCUUUUACACCACUAUGACCUUGACCAGGGUAGAGGUUACUGAAGAUGAACGAAUGAAUGAAUGAAGAGGGAAAACACGUCGCACCGCAGUACGCUCGCGUUAAAGGGAAAAUCCACUCUGAGCGACUUGAAUAUUUAUAUUUUUUCGUUGUAAUUAACACGUGGUGAACAACAGCGUACUGAUAUUCAACUUCUUUCGUUGACACGUUGCUCUACUGUCACAUCCUUUAAUGGUUUCCUACAUUUCCCACAAUGCCGUGCUGAUAGGGCUGAAGUGGGAUUUCGCCCUCGCUUCAUUUCUGCCUAAAUAGAGUGAUGCAUCUCACUCUGCUCAAACAGAUCAACUUUCACGCUGAUACCAACAUCAACACUAGCGCCAUCGCAUCGUCAUCUCGUAGAUCACUAACUAGCGUCGUAUAGCUGCAUUGCAUUCUGGGACUUUGAGUCAAGCUGCUACUUUGCUGGAUUUCUCAUUAAAAUGACGUUGAAAAAACGUCGCUGGAAAAUGGCGAGUGAGAAAAGAAACUCUUACUCUUUUGUUUUUUAGGAGCUAACAGUGAAAGCUGACAUUUUUUUCUCCCAUUGAACGCCAUUGUAACGGCGCUAGCAACAGCAAUGUCCUCCUGUGACAUCACUGAGCCGCACAGCCGCUAGCUUCUCACAGGAAUAACAACCACCAACCAGUUAGCACCAGAAUCGCUGAAACACAUCAGGAAUAUUUCACUAUGAACAUAUUUCAUGUGUUCCAGAGUAGCGUUUUUUCUUUAACGAACGGUUUCUGAACUUUCUUGUCGAGUCCCGCGGAAACUCUGUCCCGAUGCACACCUCUACCACAAAACUGUGAUCGUCUCUGUAAGUCACGUUUUUACACAUUAGUAGUGCUGAGAUCCUCGUUCUGCAUGCUCACGGGAGAAACGACGCUCUCAAAGCUGCCACAUCCUCCGUGCUGGCCGUCUCUCCGUCUGUCGGGUUUUUCAGGCAAAUCUUCCUCAUCUCCUCGCUCACAUGCUGGAGUAAAGAUAAACGGACUCUGAUCUCAUUCAGGUUUUAGGACUAGACUCGAUUAGAUGUGUUUUUUGUAUUCGUCUCCUGUCCUGUGCCAUCACACGAACGAUCUGUUGCUGAACAUCACCGCUGCUGGUUAAGGAUGAAAAACAAAACAAAAAAAAGGUUCUAUUUUAAAAAGAAAGUAUAAAUGCAUGACUUUGCACAUUAAAGUAUUUUGUCGCAUCUGUGUGCCUGGUGUUUUUAACUACUUGCUCACUUCACACUUCACUUUUACCACGAAAUUCUUUUUAAAAAUGUUAUUUUAAAAUAUGAAUGAUUAGAUUUUAUCUGUACUUAAUCCCUUAAAAUACAUUUUUUUUCUCCAUUUACCAAAAAAAAAAACAAAAAAACCCUCAAAUAAGUUUCACCUCACUACUUUGCCCUGGUAUAAAUAAUGAUAAUAAAAAUAAAAAAUUAUAUUUGUGCAGAUUUAGAUUUAAAAUGUUUCCAAGAUGUCUAUAGCAUAAAUUAUAUAAAUACAAAAGAAAUAAACAAACAUUUUUUAGUACAAACACUAAUUGUGUUUUAAACAUUUUUUGGUUUCGACAGAAUUGUAUAAAAAGUUGUUAUUUUGAAAUAUUACCCAUGGAAUCUCAAACUUUAGAAGUGAGCGCUACCUUUAACCGUAAAAUAAAAUCCUCCAAACCCUGCAUACUGAAAAAAAUGUUAUUAAAGUGUGUAUAAUUAUAUUAUUAUAUUUACUUACUUUAUCUAAGAGUGUAUAAUUAUACUUCAGCUAAUUAUUAGAGCCAUAGAGUGUUUUAUUCCAGAACU